CAGGCACACACCGAGAGACGGCUGACAGCUGCCACGCGUAACGCACAGCUCAGAAACUCUGGGAAGAAGGAAGCAAAAUGGAGUUACCUUUGGAUGAGGAGGAUGGAACUUUUACCAACAUUUCUUUGGCAGAUGAUCCAGCAGAACAUUAUUCAAGAAGAAUACUUUCUUCAGAAGUGGAAAGAGCCCAGUCCACAAUGAUGAAUGCCGACAUGGAUGCGGUUGAGGCUGAGAAUCAGGUGGAAUUAGAAGAGAAAACACGGCUUAUUAAUCAAGUUUUGGAACUGCAGCACACACUUGAAGAUCUCUCAGCAAGAGUAGAUGCUGUUAAGGAAGAAAACUUGAAACUGAAAUCAGAAAACCAAGUUCUUGGACAAUAUAUAGAGAAUCUGAUGUCAGCAUCUAGUGUUUUCCAAACAACUGACACAAAAAGCAAAAGGAAGUGAUGGGUGACUGACAGAUGAUGCCAUUGUAUUGCUGCUGUCUUUUUUUUUUGUUUGUUUAAUUGGCAUAGGCUACAUGAGCUAAAAUACUUUUAGUUUGUGGCUUUACUGGAUACCUGGAUUAUAAACUUCAGUGAUAAAACAGAAUUAAGAACAUUAUCAUGAACAGGAGACGUAAGUUUAUGUAUUGUUAAGAUUAAGCAAUGUGCAAAUGUAGUGUAGAGACUUACUAAACUUUAAUAUUUGUUUUUAAAAAUCAGCAUAUCUUGUAAAAAAACGGGUUCAGUUUGCAGGUUAAACAGAAGUUGGCACUCUCUGAGCUCGUAAGAGUAGUGUUCUUGAUUAAUAACACUUAAAAUACUGUGUUGAAACCUCAUUUGAUAAAAAUAGUCAAAGUCUAAUAGCAUCACCUUUUCCACCUCACAUUUAAUUACUGUAUAGUACUGUCCAUAGCUCUGCAAAGCAAUUUUAAACAGAAUCUUGUAAACCACUUAAUUUCUAUCAAGUAAUAACAGUAUGGCAUUAUUUGCAGGGCUUGUGUACAGAAAAACACUUAAGUUUUUUUGGGAAGGGGGAGGGUAAGGGAAAAGGCACAAGGAAAAGCAGCUUACAUCAGGGAAAUGCCAAACUGAUGCAGUAUCAGGGUGUUUGUACUUCACAAGAUGUAUGCUUCAAACCAUUUUCACUUUCCUGUUUCCUCAAGGAAUGAUCAGGCACAGCAUCAUGAUGCAUGAGCUUCAAGUUUUUGAGUUGGGUGAUGAAGAGUUAAAUAAAAAACCUGAGUAAUAAGCUUUACAGAAGCAGGUCAGUAAAUGUUCCUCAUGCUCAUUGUGAACAGUCUGCAGUAAGGAGCUGAGAAUAAGCCUUUUGUUUUCCUCCUGAAGUGCCAAACUUGUCUUUGCUUCAGGCCUUACAGCAGCUGUUCUCCUGCCCCAGGGCCUGAGCUUGUGAAGUACCUCGAGGCACUGCACAAAAACCUUCUAAGGCAGUUGCAGUGGAGGAGUGGUGGCUUUUGCCUUUCAAACCCGUGCUGCUCUGAGCAAUGCCUGGUGUGCAGGUGCACUGUUCUUCACAGGCUUGGCUGUUUGGUAGCAGGUCUUGCAAAGGAGCUCAGCCCAGAUUAUGAUUUAAGCACUUCCCACGGAGGCAGCAGAUCUAGCAUAAUCAGUAUUAAGGGGGAGCAGAAGCUGAAAAGCAAAUAGUACUUGGUUGCAUCUGUUUCAUCUGGCCUUAGAGCAACAGUGCAGAAUUAUUUAUGGAUGUUACCUAGAAGUGAGGUUUCUGUCUCUUCAGUAAUGAAGCUGUUGAACAAAUGGUAACCACUAGUGCAAGGAUCUCUCUCAACCUUGCUGUGAUGACUUCUAUAAAAUGAAGUGAAAGGGUGGAUGAAAUAGUGCAGUAAAUUCCUCACAAACCCCAAGUUUCUUGGCAGCUAAGCACUGCUCUGUCUCAAGUGUAAGCUGACAUUGGGAGGUUCCUCCCUCCCAAAGAAGUUUCCCAUUUCUCCCCAUUGAAGAAGACUGCACAAUGCUCCCUGCAGCAGCACCAAGGUCAGAUGACACUAAUAGUUUGAUCAAGGGCUGUUUACAAGUCUGAGCUGAGAAAACUGAUGACAAAGUUUGACCCACCAAGGCACAAAUGCCUGAUAGCCUCUGUGCCAUGGGGUCCUGUAAACAUCCAAAAUUAUUUCACCCUGUGUGGACUACACUCUCCCAUGACUGCCUGUCUGGAACUCUAAACUCACCCAAGAAUUGCUAGUAGGUAGAAUAGAUCACACAGUUAGCCCAGGCUUUGAGCAUUAGAAGAACAAACCACACCAAGCACUUGACUUCUAAGACUGCAUUGCAGCCAUCCUAGCUUUAAAGCCAUGUCACUGCACAUCUCCAUCUGCACUGUAGCAUGCGCUUGUUAAGACUUCAGCAAUUUCCCAACAUCAAGUAAUCCUAGACCCAUGGGUUUGUAUUGUAUGACUGGAUAGUGAUACUUUCUCCAUCAGUGUGUAUAUAGUAGUCAUUUCAUCUAUAUCCAUUUUACAUCCCACUACUGUGGCCUUCAUUUAAUUUAUGAACAUUUUAAAGAUGUUGUAUUUAUGACUUUACA